CAGCUCUGAACUUUUUAAAGUUUUAUGAGGACGAUAGAGAAGGGAGGAAAAGGCUGUCAUGGAGACUGCAAGAGGCUCUGAAGAGUGACUUUAACAGCUAGAGACACACCUGCUGCGGCUGUUAGAUCUGAGGUUUAAGAGAAGAAACUGGAAACUUCACUUUAUUUUUCUAAAGCUUUCCUUCAUUGUAGCUUCUCUCUCUUUUGGGUGCUAUGAUAUGAAAAUUAGCUGUAAUUUAGCUAAAUAAAACAGACUGAAACAGUUGUUUUGCAAUGGCGUCGGUAAAGCUCUUGGAGCUGUUACUAUGCAGUUUCUUCCUGGUUGGGUGUCACUCCUCCCAGAGUUCCCAGCAGGUGUCAAGCCCACCUCACCCCAAAGGAGAGCCGUCUCCUCUGGGGGAGGAUAACCUGUCCUUUCCCUGGAGCCGUCUCCGUCUGCCCAGGUACAUCAUUCCGCUUCACUAUCAUCUCCUCCUGCAGCCCAACCUGACAACUCUCCGUUUCACCGGGUCAGUCCAGAUCCAGAUCGAUGUCCAGAACAACUCAAAUUGGGUUGUAUUGCACAGCAAGGGUUUACAGAUUUCCAAAGCCACUAUUUUGGACCACAACUUUGCUCAUCUAACGGACCAGGUUCUUCCAGUUCUUCAUAACCCUUCCCACGAGCAGAUUGGAAUUUUCUCCCCCAGGGUGCUCAGCAGCGGCCAGAAGUAUUUCCUGUAUAUUGAAUUUGGAGCAGAAUUUGCUGAGGGGUUCUAUGGCUUUUAUAAGAGCACGUAUAAGACCAGUAAAGGAGAAACUAGAACCUUGGCCUCAACCCACUUUGAGCCCACAAGUGCCCGAAUGGCAUUCCCGUGCUUCGAUGAGCCAAGCUUCAAAGCCAGUUUCUCCGUUCAAAUAAGGAGGAGUCCAGAAUACAUUUCUCUUUCCAACAUGCCUAUAGUGAAGACAGUUGAGCUCCACGGUGGUCUGCUUGAGGAUCACUUUGCACCAAGUGUCAAAAUGAGCACUUACCUGGUGGCCUUCGUCGUCUGUGAUUUCAAAUCUGUCACGGCAACAACAGCAUCUGGAGUAAAGGUGUCCAUUUAUGCAGCCCCUGAGAAGUGGGAGCAAACCCACUAUGCCUUGGAGGUUGCGGUCAAAAUGCUAGAUUUCUACGAAGACUAUUUUAACAUUCCCUAUCCUUUACCCAAACAAGGUUUGACAUUUGCUAUUAUUAUUUUUUUUUGUCAUGUCCUGUCUUCCUGUACUCAUAUGUUGUUUCUGUCAGAUCUGAUUGCCAUCCCAGACUUCCAGUCUGGAGCGAUGGAAAACUGGGGGCUAACAACCUACAGAGAGACCAGCCUUCUCUACGAUCCCCUCACCUCCUCAGUCUCUGAUAAACUUUGGGUCACCAUGGUGAUUGGCCAUGAGCUUGCCCAUCAGUGGUUUGGUAACUUAGUGACGAUGAAGUGGUGGAAUGACAUCUGGCUGAAUGAGGGAUUUGCCAGGUAUAUGGAGUACAUUUCGGUGGAGGCCACGUAUCCUGACCUGAAAGUGGAGGAGUAUCUGCUGCACACAUGUUUUGCAGCCAUUGGACACGACUCCUUAAACUCCUCCCGGCCGAUAUCAAGCCCUGCAGAGAACCCCACCCAGAUCAAGGAAAUGUUUGACACCGUCUCCUAUGAUAAGGGAGCAUGUGUCCUCCACAUGCUGAGACAUUUUCUGACAGAUGAGGUGUUUCAAAGUGGGAUAGUGCGAUAUCUACGCAAGUACAGCUUUGGAAAUGCUCAGAAUCAGGAUCUGUGGGACAGUCUGGCCAAUACAUGCUCAGAGGAGGAGUUCAUCUCAGGCAAACACUGUUACAACAGAGACCAGAGCAACAAGAAUGCUUACCUGUUUGCAGGGGAACAUCUGGACCUGACUGCCAUAAUGAACACUUGGACCCUGCAGAAAGGCAUUCCUUUGGUGACUGUCACCCGGAAGGGCUCUCGACUGCUGCUCAGACAGGACAGGUUCUUGAAGACAGUUCUGCCUUCUGACCCUCAGUGGUCAUCGUUGCAGCAGGGUUUCCUGUGGCACAUACCUCUAACAUACAGGACCGAUACUUCAAGCAUCAUCCACAGACACCUAAUGACAUCAGCUACUGACAGCAUCCACAUAGGAGAGGAGGCCAGCUGGGUGAAGAUAAACUCCGACAUGACGGGCUAUUAUGUGGUUCAUUAUGAGGAUGAUGGCUGGGAUGUAAUGGCUAAAGUGAUGAGAGAAAACCACACAGCUCUGAGCUACAGAGACAGAACUCACCUGAUCCACAACGCAUUUCAAUUGGUCACGGCAGGCCAUUUGUCACUCAACAAAGCCAUGGACCUAAUUGGUUAUCUUCAACUGGAGAAACACACAGUUCCCCUCCUUGAAGGACUGGGCUACCUGGAGGCCUUUUACCACCUAAUAGAGAAAAUAGAUGAGCUUGAAUUGACCAAAAAUCUGGGGAGGUACAUCCUGCACUUUUUCCGUGCCGUCAUUGACCAACAAACAUGGAGCGACAGCGGCUCUGUGUCGGAGCGGCGGCUCAGGUCGGAGGUGCUGUCACUGGCGUGUCACUUGAAUGACCCCCCUUGUGUGGAACGGGCAAAUCAGCACUUUCAAGAAUGGCUUCAAUCAAAUGGAAAACUCAACCUCCCCACAGAUGUGGCAGAGACCGUGUACUCAGUGGGAGCUCAGCGCGACCAUGGCUGGAACUCACUCUUGCACACUUACAAGAUUUCCCUCUCUGAAGCCCAAAAACACAAGAUCCUACAAGCACUGACCAGCAGCAAAGACACAGAGAAACUCCAAAGACUGCUGCAGCUGGGUUUGGAGGGAAAAGUAAUCCGGUCACAGGACUUGUCCACUCUGAUUCUGAUGGUGGCCAGGAACCCGAAGGGACAUCACCUUGCUUGGAACUUUGUCAAAAAGAACUGGGACACACUUGUUGAAAAAUUCCAGUUGGGUUCAUUUUGCAUCAGAAACAUCCUCAUUGGGACCACUGGACAGUUUUCUUCUCCAGAUGAUCUUACUGAUGUGCAGCUGUUUUUUGAAUCCAUCAGCGAACAGGCGUCUCAGCUGAGAGCCACACAGAUCGCUCUGGACAAUGUGAAGAAAAACAUUCGCUGGAUUCAGAGGAAUUUGGAAACUCUCAGAAAGUGGCUGAAUGAGCAGAUAAAAUGAAGAGCAGCUGACCAGCACAACAACAUGCAAUUAUUUCUGAUUUUUACAAGUAGUUUCUUAAGAAAAGGGUGUUUCACAGCAACAAAUAAUGAUUCUUUUGUACACUAAAAAAAAGGCCAAUUUAUGCGAAAAAAAACUGCUGGUGGUGACUGAGAUGUGUAUUUGACAAAGAAAGGAGACUUUCAUUCCAGUGCAAUGUUAAAUUUAGUGAUGGACUCUACACCACAAAAACAAUAAAAUGGGUUUGUUGUAACAA